AUGAAGCCGUUGGUGCCACGAGCCCCUGAUAGGGUUGAGCGCAACACUCCAUCGUCCUUGCGUGCAUUCAGGAUGCGAAAUCUGCAGCUGACCCGGGCCAACACACAGUUCUGCGAGAUGACAGACUUGGACUUCACUGCAGCUGCGUCCGAAGAUUCCCAAGAAGUUCACGAGGCCGAGCCCCUUCGUGACGUCCCGAGCCUGCAGGCGCUUCUGCAGACUCGAGAGGGUCGCCUGACGAAGCGUCAUGCAGCGGCGCUUCGCUGGGCUAAGGGCGAGGCACUGGACAGGCUGGGAGCAGCAUACGCAGCUUGGAGAUGCAUUGGGCUAGGCACGGUAGGAGGAAGAAGGGUGCAGUGGAACAUCACUGGUGUCAACUUCCUUGGUCGAGAGAGCAAGGAAAGCCCAUGUUCUGCAGCAGGCGAAUGCGCAGGCGAUCGGUUGGAGCCUGGACAUUCAUCCAGAAGAACAUCCUACUGGGGAUUUCAAAGUGGACGGCGAGGUCCAUCUGCAGAUGCAGGCCCAGACGAAAUCCUGCAAGAGAAUGCUUUAAAAACUUUCGACAAGGAGCUGCCACAUUGGUUACACCGGAUCGCCGCAAAGGCUUCGGAGCCUUUGGCAGCCAGACUGUCUGCCCUGCCAGCCGUUGGUGCUGCGAGCCGUGUGAGCACACUUCGGCGGGAAUUUCAGCGUGUGGGCGGACAGGUGACUUUCGUUGAUGACCACAACCCGAAGAAAGCAUAUCGAAAGUGGCAGGAGUUGCACCACGAGGUUUGCCACGUCUUGGGCUUUGAGCUGCCAGCGUGGCGCCUACGACGAAAGAGCGCGUGGGAAGAAGCCGCCCUGGAUUUGCCACUGUGCCCCGAGCUUUGGGUGGACGAGGCAUGGCCGCCAUGCAAGCUUGCACCGAGCUUUCGAGGACGUGUCGUGCCAGUUUGGUCCGCGGCUGGAAAUGCCCGCAACGGGGAGAGAUCGCUGAUGAUCCUUCAGGGGAGGAUCGUGCGGAGCUUCCCAACGCGACAGAUCAAAGCGUUGAUCGGCCACGAACUGGGCCGGAUGGCAUUCGCCCUUCUGACAGGGCCAGGACUCAAGGCGUGGGCUGGACGACUCUCCAAGGUCGUGGUGGGCCAGAAGCUCCUUGAAGGGGUACAAUCCAUGAGUGGGCAUCCAGGCCGUGGGCUCUUCGACUUGAUAGGAGGCUCCCGACGCUCGCUCUUUGGCUUCGAUCCCUUUGGCCGACAGUCGCGAAGCUAUUCGCUUGGCACCAUCAAUCUGAGCCUCUUUGGCGGCCGAGGCCGCUCAGAUGGAGGCCAUGCCCAGGAUGGAGCAAGCGUCCUCCAGGGACCACAGCUCUCAAGCGGCAUUGUACGUCCCAUCAUGGAGAUGCUGGCUGUUGAUAUGGUCGUGAAGCAUGCAGCUCCCCGCGUCCUUCGUCCGAUCAUUUGGCUUGGGGUGCUGGCCCGUGGAGGGCCGGAGUCAAUGAUGGACUCCAUUCGGCAAGGCAUGAACGGGCUUGCUCUUCCAGGCUUGCAGCUGUCGGGCCAUCGCCGACCUGCAUUUUGGGCUCCGAUGGUCUCCCUGAUGGCGCCUUUCAUGCAUAUCCUGGUGCAACUCGGGGCUCUGCGCAGCGCCAGCGCAGUCAUUGCCAGCUGUGGACGUUCUUCUGUCAUCACCGCAGACCGAGCCGCCGCUCUAUCAGCCGGAGAUGCAGAGGACGCCGCUGCUGCUAUACUGCGGGUAUAUGGGCAAAUGCCGAUGGAGUCCGCAAGAGGAGAUGAACUGGAGGCUUUGCUGGACGAGGCCGCUGACAGCGCCCGGCGUCAGAAAUGGACCUUGCGACGAGAGGCACUGCUACAACGCUGGUCCCUGCCGGCCCCAGAGGAGCGGGUGCGGGAGCUGCUGCGAUGGAGUGAAAGCAGUACUGGGAAAAGGCUGCUGGCACUCGCCGAACUGCGACGGGCAUCAUACACCUCCUCGCUUGGAUGGUGGCACUGGUGUUGGUCGCAGAGCUCUGAGUCCUCCUGGAUGUCGGCCUUCGCGUGGCAGCAGCUAGCAGCUCGAGUGUUGGUGGUUGCCGGUCCUCGUGGCUUUGCCCUUCUUUUCACGGGUGGACUUGGUCCGAUGGGCAUCGAUGUGUACGCUUGGUGCCAUGGCCCCGGGUUAUGGCAGUUCAGGCGCCGUGUGCUGGAGACGGCUGCCACAAACACGUCAGCAGCCGGGGGCCAGACCGGGGAGGCGUCCAGAGCUUGGUCCCAAAGCAAUUGGUUCAAAGAGUAUCGGAACUCUGGCUGCUGGCGAAGUCUGGAUGAUCUGCAGAGCCUUGCCAGCAGAACUGAGAGUUAUGCGGAAGAAACAGGACCACGCUCUGAAGCGUUCGCAGUGGAUUCUAGUGAUACUGUAGUGGCUUCCUUUUUCGGAACAGGUCCUGACAGACAUGGCGUGGUCGUCUGCAAAGUCGCGGAUGAGAGAGCAAGCAGCCGCUGCGGCCAGGCGGAAGAAGCCUUGCAGCUGCUGCAACGUGCAGCUCAGCGGCUGCCUCUGGACGCUGCAGGUGAUGGUGUUUGGUUGGCCUGUGGUGGACUUUCGGAGGAGCUUCCGCGAACGGCUUGGACAAUUCGGUCCGGGCACGACUAUGCCAAGGAGCUUCGGCUUCUGCAGAACCUUUUCUCGGUGGCUUCAAGGGACUCCAGCAGCGUCGCUGAUUUCAUGGAAUCCUAUGGAAAGGAGGAGCUCCCGCGCUCCAGCAAGUGGCUGAAGAUCGCCGGAGGUCAGAAGGCCCAAGUCCUGAAGGUGGCGGCAGAUGCCAGCCCUGGAGGACUGGCACUGGAGCUGGGCCUCUACUGCGGCUUCUCUGCUCUCCACCUGAGCUCUUCGAAAAGGGUCGUUUCCGUAGAGGCCGACCUCGCUCAUGCCCUCAUCGCAGAGACCCUUCUGAACUUUGCGGGCAUUGCACAUCAGGUCGAGAUUGUGGUUGGACAUACCGAGGACGUGCUUCCAUGGCUGCUGGGUGAAAUGCAGCGACGCAGCCGGGCUCAAGGCCAGCUGAACAUCGGCUUUGUGUUCAUGGACCAGCGCGGGUCCAGGUAUCACACAGAUCUUGAUGUGCUGCUGCAGUCGGAAGUUCUGCAGGAUGGAGCCGUUGUUGUGGCAGACAAUGUGUUGAAGCCGGGUGCACCCUGCUUCCUGUGGGCUCUUGCCGUCCACCCUGCGUUCACCACAGACGUUCUUGAAGUGGCGGAGCCCGUUGUCUACAACAGUCUGCAAUAUGCAUCAUCACACCAGAACAUAGGCUGCAGAGCUAAUUGUUUCAUAUACUCAGAGAAUCUGAUGGAGCAGUGUAGUCGUAUGCUAUGA